CUUCUCACAAGUUGCAACUUGUUUGAAUUGUAUGUCUCUUGCACGUAUUGUGUGUGGACGGCCCUGGUUUGAGGAUGCCAUUUCCGCAGGCGAAAAUCGUGUUUGUUGACGAACACCUGACGUCUCACAUUAUUACACAGAAGUGUACUAAAGCACGUCGUGUGCGGACUGAAGGUCUCUCUCACAAAAGAGAAAACGUAUACGCCACCAAAAUACAUUUUACCAGUUAUUGCGUAACAAACCGAACAUGUUUCAACCAAUUAGGUCAUCGUCAGGAUUUUUAUUGAACACGAGUUUACGUUAUAAAUAAGUGUUAAAAAAUUCCUAUGUCCAGUAAAAAAAUCUAUGAAGAUGACUGAAGACUGGUCGAAACAUGUCGGGUUGAUAAGAGAUAUAUGAAAAGUUUAUUCUCGAUCGUUAUUAGUGCAUGUAAUGGGACGCAGUUUAUGAUUCACUGUGUGUUAUGAGUGAUCACAUUCUCAGGUGGUAGAAUAUUCUAUUUCGCAAGUGCUGCAACUAUUAGUCAACUUUCGGAACGCCUCUGCGGAAGAUAAUGGUAUGAACUGUCGAAUGAAAGGAAGACAGAGAUAACGGAUGAAUAUACAAAGAUCAGUGAUUGAUUAUCGGUAAAUAUUUAAAAAUCUGACUGUGAAGUUCAUGUCCGGGAAUCAGUUCACUCUGAACUGUGAAGUGACGACGAAGGAAGUGAUCGUUUCUCGUCCUCUGGCUUGGAAGUUUAAAGAACUGUGUCGUGUGAUGAGUGAUUGACAGACAUGUUGACCCAGUUGGAGAGCAUGUGCGCUGGCUUACGCAUCCGGAAGAAGAAAUCUCAGCAACACCAGCAGAAACGUCGCUGGCGUUACGGCAACACUUUAAGGAAGUCAGAGGCACUGUUGCAGAGCCGCCCUUUGCCGCACAUCCCGGACCUGCCCGACAGCGAUCCCCCAGGGAGUCUUCAGGGGGGUGGGGGUGGCGUGGUGCAAGGGGGUGCCACCCUGGGAUCUGGCAGCCAGUCUGGUACAGGGGGCUCUGGUUCUGGCACAACGGCGCCAGGGACCCCUCUGCCUUUGGACACAGCUAACCGAUGGACCUCGAAGGAGAACCUGCUGGCACAGGAAGAGGACGAUCCCCAGCUGUUUGUGGCACUGUAUGAUUUCCAGGCUGGCGGUGAGAAUCAGCUCAGCCUCAAGAAAGGAGAGCAGGUGCGCAUCCUGAGUUACAACAAGAGUGGCGAGUGGUGUGAAGCACAUUCUGCUUCAGGCCAAGUGGGCUGGGUCCCAUCCAACUAUGUGACUCCGGUUAACUCUUUAGAGAAGCACUCUUGGUACCAUGGCCCUAUCUCUCGCAAUGCUGCCGAAUACUUACUCAGCUCUGGCAUCAACGGCAGCUUUCUGGUGCGAGAGUCGGAGAGCAGCCCCGGUCAGCGCAGCAUUUCCCUACGUUACGAAGGUCGCGUCUACCAUUAUCGAAUAAACGAAGAUGCCGAAGGAAAAGUAUAUGUGACGACUGAAAGUAAAUUCAAUACUCUGGCAGAGCUAGUUCAUCACCAUUCAAUGCAUUCAGAUGGUCUAAUCACCCAGCUUCUGUACCCAGCACCAAAACACAACAAACCAACUGUAUUCGCUCUGAGUCCAGAACCAGAUGAAUGGGAAAUCAACCGCACUGACAUUGUGAUGAGGCAUAAGCUGGGAGGCGGUCAGUACGGUGAUGUAUAUGAGGCUGUUUGGAAACGCUACAAUGUGACGGUAGCAGUGAAGACCCUAAAGGAAGACACAAUGGCUCUGAAGGAUUUCCUAGAAGAAGCAGCCAUCAUGAAGGAAAUGAAACACCCAAACUUAGUACAACUGUUGGGUGUGUGCACACGAGAGCCACCAUUUUACAUAAUCACAGAAUUCAUGAGCAAAGGGAACCUACUGGAUUACCUGCGGAAUGGGAACAAGGACCAGAUCAAUGCUGUGGUUCUCAUGUACAUAGCGACGCAGAUUGCCAGCGGCAUGAGCUACCUUGAGAGUCGCAGUUUCAUCCAUAGGGACCUGGCAGCACGGAAUUGUUUGGUGGGGGAGAACCACCUAGUGAAAGUGGCAGACUUUGGCCUAGCGCGUCUGAUGAGAGAUGACACAUACACAGCACACGCCGGUGCAAAGUUUCCUAUCAAGUGGACUGCUCCUGAGGGUCUUGCCUACAAUAAAUUCUCUACCAAAUCUGAUGUGUGGGCAUUUGGAAUUCUGCUUUGGGAAAUAGCAACGUAUGGAAUGUCACCAUAUCCAGGAGUAGAUCUGACAGAUGUGUAUCAUAUGCUAGAAAAGGGGUAUCGAAUGGAAUGCCCCCCUGGCUGCCCACCCAAAAUAUAUGAACUGAUGCGUCAGUGCUGGCAGUGGAACCCUAAUGACAGGCCCACCUUUCAAGAGAUACACCAUUCACUUGAAAAUAUGUUUCAGGAGUCCAGCAUCACUGAAGAGGUAGAGAAACAGCUUCAGGAAAGUGGGACUCCUCAGUUGGCCUACAAGAAGCCUCAUGCAGGCAGCACAGGGAACAUUCAUGGGUUAGUGGUGAUGUCAGAACAGGUGGCAGUCACUGGAAUGAUUGGGGAUGGUGCAGUGAGCAAACUUAGUACAUUCACUGGUGGCCCAGUACUUAGCACUACUAAAAGUAGCUUGGUGCAAAUGCGACGGCCCACUAACAGGAAAGGAAAGCAGGCACCUGCCCCACCAAAACGUACCAGUCUUGAGCAGACUGUGACAGGUACAUUGACCUCGUGUAGUCUGCUUUCAUCUUGCAGUUCAUUCCGUGAAAGCACCUGCGCAGACCAUGACCCACUUGGCCACACAGAAAACCAAGAUGACUCCUCGGACUUAAAUGGUAUUGAUAAGAUAUUUGAAGGCAUUACAAGAGACCUUCAGAGUUUGACAGUUAGUAACAAAGGUGACAGUGAGAGUGAUCUGCAGGAUCAAACUCCUGACACUGAUGAUUCUGGGGCUCACUCAUAUUCUGAGGCACCGACUGGCACAUUCUUUCCACCGGGUGCAACCAGCUCCUUCAAACGUGUACCAAUCAUGGGGAAUCGUGGUCUUGAACAGCGUGGAAAAAAGUCACGAACCUAUCCUCCCAAGGACACAGCAUCUACACAGAAGGUGGUUCAGGUUGCAGCACUGGAGGUGCAAAAUGUGAAACGGGCCAUUAACCGUUAUGGCACACUGCCCAAAGGAGCUCGUAUUGGAGCAUACUUGGAGUCAUUAAGGGCAAGUGGGCUGACUUCUGGACAGGAAAUGGAAGGAACAGUGUUUCAUGGAGGAGAGGAAGACUGCAUCGAAGAACCGGUGGGAGUGUCGGACCUGGCUCCUCAUCGAUCAGUGUCCCCGCGGACCAACAUCCGCACUCAGCCACAAAUGAUUCGUAGUAAUUCAUCUGGUGGUGUGGUAGGAGGUUUUCACCACCAUCCGCCAGCCCCAUCUUCACCGACUGCUGGGAAACUGCAUCGUCCACGCACAGGUGUUAGAAAUCAUGGUGUGGAAAUAUGUGGCAGUCUGCGAACAUUCCGAGCUGCUCCCAACACUUCAUCUUUUCGUGGUGGAAGUCCUUCACGUGUCCUGCAGCCUAGCCUUGCUGAUCUGGAGUUUCCACCACCACCUGCUGAUCUUCCCCCACCCCCUGAAGAGUUUGACAGCUUGAAUGAUGGUCCUCCUCUGACUCCAGAACCACCCCCACCACUCAUUACUGCAUCCCCUAGCCCUGAGAGAAGACGCUUGUGGACAGGACCUAGUGGAAACAAACCUUCAGGACUUGUGACGUCUCCUCGUAGUUUGAGAAAGUUCGGGCAUAGCUCAAGCCUUGAUCAGCCUUCUCCUCGCUGGCAGGCCCAGGGUGAUGCUGAACCUGAACAAGUGCUGAUGGUGGAACAGCAAAGUGACCCAGACAAAGACAGCCCAGGCUCCUCUCGUACGGCUGAUGUACGAAACACAGAACCAUCAGUAGAAGAAGCAAGCUCACGAUUUGGAGUGAGUCUUCGCCAUCGAGAACCUUCAACAGAUUCAUGCAGCAGUGCCAAGUCUGGCGGUGAUCAUGAUGACUCAGCAGUGCAGCUUCAGGGUGGUGGUAGACGCAGUUCAAAAAGCAGACCACGUGACAGACCUCCGAGCCCACCACGUUCCAGUCGUAGCUUGACUUCACCGAGCCUGGAGACCAAAAGCCCUAUGUCACCUGGUAGUGAUCUUGUCCCUACCAUGUACUCUCCUAGUGAACCUCUUGCAGAGUCCAGUACCUCACAACAACAGAACACAGUAGGUAAUAAGACUGCUGGCCCUUCAUCUGAGGAACAAAUAGAGAAGAAGAUGGUGAAUAACAAGGUGCCAAAAAGUGCUCUUCCUGGCAUGAAGGAGUUGCUGGAAUUGAAGCUUGUUGCAGAGAUUAAAGAAAGGGCAGAUCUGAAAUUUGGUCGAGCAGGAAUAAAGGAGUCCCCUGUAAGUGAUGCAACAGGAACAGCAGGCUCAGUCUCUUCCUUGGAUCCAGCUGUUCAACUGGUAUCAGAACUGUCUGAGGGGUUUCAGUAUUCUGAUUCAUCUAAGAAAGAUCUGAAAGAUACAACACCUGAUACUCCUCCGAACAAUAGUUCUUCAGAUCCUAAUAAGGGUCCAACUUCCCCAGUGGACUAUAAGGCUAAUCUCCGGAGAGUAAGUCGAGGAUCUGAAGGAGUUAAACCAGAAGGUAUUGGGCAAGGUAGACAAGAUGGGGUUACCUUGGGAGGCUUCAAAGCACAGUUAAAGAAGUUUGAGCCAGCAUCAAAAUGGGCUGGAGCAAAGGAUGAGAGUGAGGACCAUGCAGGAUCUAUUAUUGAUUUCAAAUCCAGGUUGAGGAAAGUGGAAAGCAGUGGGGACAAAGUAGUGACAUUAGGAAAAAGGAGUGAGGGAGGGAGAGAAGAUGAAGAUGAUAGGCGAGGAGAAGAGGAAAGGCGGCGGAACAGUGUGAGUGUAGACGGAGACCAUCAGCAGGAGGAAGAUAUAUCAAAGAAAAGGGACAGCACCGUAAGCGCUCACAGCCUGGAUGGUGGAACAGGAGGUGGGACGCAGUUAAAGGUUGAAGAGGGUGAUGACAAGCGACGCAGUACAGGAAGUAUCAGUAGCCUUAAGAAGCUUUGGGAAAGCAAAGAGACAUCAGGAGACAUCCCACCUUGCUCAGGUUCAGCUGGACAAGUGAGUCCUAAACUGGCUCUCAAGGUUCCUGGUAAGGUCAGAGACACUGCCAGCACUGCUGAAGAGGAAGACAAAGUGAAAGGUGAUGAAGGAGUAAAGGAACAAGGGUCAUCGCCAGAUGAUGGGAAGCUAGUGAAUAAGGGACAAGGGGGUUCAAGGGUAUGGCCCCCACCUCCUGUUCCAUCAGAUGAGAAGCCUGUGGUUCCUACAAAACCACCUGUGAAAGCCACAAAACCUGUACUAUCGGCAUCAAAGCUUCCUGCUGGUUCGGCAGCUAUUUAUGCUACUCCCACAUUACCAAAACCGCCUUCUAUGGCUCGUGAGACCAAAGUUGCAACAGAAGAGGAAGGAUCUGUAGCACCGGCAAGUCGGGUAGGUGGCGGGGAGAGAGAAAGUGUACUGGAGAUAUCCCAGGCUCUAGAGACUAGCUUAACCUCUCUGAGGUCAGCAUCUGCUGUGUCAGCAGGUAGUUGGCUUCAGCUGUCUGAUAAAGUCGGUUUGUUCCACUCAUCUUGUGUAGGAUAUGCUGACAGCAUUGUUCCUCAUGCACGCUUCCACUUUCUUGAGUUAUUGACUCGGCUUGAGAGCCAAGCACGCCAACUUCGUUCAGCUGGUGCACGUAAUUCAACAGAUAAUACACGACUUUGUGCCGAAGUGCAGAACACUGUGAGGGAUGUGAUCAACGCAGUACAGAGGUAGAUCAGGUGACUCAGCCCUGUACAGUGUACCCUUGUUAAUCCAUGUUGUUUCAUACUAGUAAUUUGAGUGAGAGUAAAUUUCUCAUUUAGAAACAGCAUUUUAACAAAAUUAUCUCAUUUGGAUCAAUUUUUAAUAUGUUAUAUUUAUUUAAGCAUUUUAAUUUUCUCAUUCAUUGGAAAAUUUGUGUAGCAUUUCAUUGUGUAAUGGACUUGUGCAAGUGCACACUAUUGCCUCUAAAUUGAUGAUACUGUUACAAAUGUUUAUUGAAUGAGAACAGAAUCAGUACAUCAUAAAUGUGUUCAAUUUUGAGCUUGUGGACAAUGAAGAUAUUUGUGGAACAUGCUUAUAUUGAGAACAAACCCUCAGUGUAAUCAUAAUUCAUAUGCCUAAAUAAUUGCUUUGACUUUUUCUUCAAUAUUUCCUUUACAAAUGCAUGCCCAGCUUUGCAAUUACUGGCUGCGGCAGGGAUUCUUCUCACUACUGUGUCCAGACCAGGUCUGGGUUCUCCCCAGCCUCUUAUCCAAUCCAAGGGGCUUUUUUGUGCAGAAGAACAGUGGCUGGGAUAUGAAGCUAAUUAUUGACAUCCAUCUGUUGCUGAGGUUCAGAUUGUAUGGAGAUAUGAUUCCACUGCCCUAUAUGUCUUAUUGGCAUGGUGAUUAAUUAAACACAGGGACAAGUUUGCCUUUCCAUUUUCCUCUCUUUUUUUGAUUAACAGCCAUUAUGUUCCAAUUUUAAAAUGUUAGGCACAUUCCACUUUUAUGGCAAUAUUUACUGAAAUGCAAUUUUUUAUUUAAUGAUUUUUGGAUUAACAGGAUAUUCUGUAUUGUGUUCAGUAGAGCUUUUGUUGAGCAAUUUCUUGUACAGCUUGCAUCACACACCAGUGUAACAAAGUUAAUUGUACAGAAGCAGUAAGAAAUAUAUACAGAUAUAUAUAAAUAUAUACUAGGAUAAUGUGUACAGUGAGAUAAACUGCAAUUCUCUUGCAAAGUGCAAGAAUGUUGAAUCUUUGCACAGCUGUGAUGUUAGUGAUUCUAUGCGUGCAAGCCAUCAGGGUAGGUUUCUUCAGAAACUUUGUUCACUGUGGAUUAUGUUCUCAAAUUUCUGUUAAAAGAGCUAUUCCUUAAGUCAUUGUACAUGAUCUAUGCUACCUAAAUGAAGACUAUGAAUUGAUCAGUGGCUGUUUGAAAAUUAAGUGGCAACCAAUUUGCAGUGUCUUAUAAAAUGGUUCUGGCCUCUAGUGAAAAGCAAAGGGAAUGAUGAUAUCAGUUAGUUGUUUUAGGAAGAUCGUGCAGGGAUUGAAUCUAAGCAGAAACAUUCUCAUACCAAGCCCAGACUUAAGCCUAAGGAAUAAAACAGGUACUAGAUAUUUCAGUUUUAUAUUAUUUGAAUGUCUCAUUCCCCAAUUUACCUGUGAUACUGUGUGUGUUGAUUUAACUGCUUCAAGGUAGGCUGUUUGUUGAAAUGUGAUGUACUCAGAACUCGGUGUUGUGUUGGUAAACUGCUGCAUGCAUUUUAAUGAGUUUCUGGUGUGAGUGUAAUUAGGGACCAGUAUUGUAAGAGUAGAAUGUUAUCAGCAUUCGUGUUAAGUAUGAACAUGUGUAAUAGUGCAUUUGUUGGCUCCAGACUGAGACAAAAAAGAGUUUUAUCAUUAGUGACCUACGAGGGUCAAGCAUGCAAGAAUAGUACUUGAGGCAUAAUACUCUUUUAACAUUAUAAGAUGCGUUGAGUAUGAUUAUUGCCUGAUACUUUUCAAGAAUACUAAACAAAAAACAUUGUUUAUGCUAGUCUUUAUAUUGUAUAAUCCAUAGGAUAUUAUGAGUGUGAAAUACAACAUGUUUAGACAGAGGUAUUUUAUAAAUCCAAAGAUUUUGAACAACUAACCAACUCAUGUCUGAGCAUGUGUACUUCUUAAAAAUUUUUGCUUUGCUAUUUUGCCUACUUCAUCAGCAGCUCCAUUUUGAAGACCUUCUUUUGUUACAAAUUCUUCCUAAAGAACAACGAACUCAACAUCAAGUACUGAAUUACAUUGAAUUGCCUAACUUUGUUUCCCUCCAUUGCUGUGGUAGACAAAGAAUGUGCAACUUCGUGAACAUCCACCAUAGACAGCUUGACAGUUCUCUUCUGUUGCCUUUCACUCUGUUUAGUACUGUACAUUGACAGAUGUUUUUGCUGCUUGUCCAUAUGUGAAUGUAAGUGUGAGUACCUGGUAAGACAUGAUUUUCAAUUAACUCUACUUUUGCUGUUUCCUUAUUUCCUGUUAUGUAAGGUCCUGUCAUAAUAUUUACAUUCAUAAUAGUAUUACCUAUGCUGGCUACACUUAAAGUAUAUAUUUUUGUUAUAUCUGAAAUACUGUUAAUGAAGAUGAUCAGAAUUUUUCCUUUCUAAUCCUGGUGGGUUUGUGGGACAUACUGUGUAUACCUAUUGUGAAUGAUCCCAUGAAAUCAUACACUUGAAGAUGAGUGUGGUAAAUUUGGAGUCGAUUAUUUUGUCAAACAAAAUACUUUAAUUCAUGUAUUCAGCAGUGAGCUGUAGAAGUUGGUUGUCAAUAACAUCAUAUGUAAAUUGUGAAUUGAAGCAGUUAUCAGAAAGAUUAUCAACUAAACUGUCACUUUUUUUAUUUGAUUUUAUGAACUAUCAACAGUCUAGAUUUUGUAAUGCUGAAUGAUAAUGAAAGCUGAUCUUCAGAGGACUAAUAGAUAAAUCUGUCAUGACCAGUUUUGACGGUACGGGCACUGCCCUCAUAUUUAUUUAUUCGGACUGACUAUGGGAAACUUCUGGAUUGCUGAUGCCAGGUCAGGAUUUAAACAGAGUAUCUAUUGGACAUGAAGGACCACUGUACCAACUGUUUCUAAUUUCAUUUUCCAUUUAAUGGUGAGGUGAAUGCCAACUGAAGAGACAGUAUGCCUCAGAAUGGGUUUAAAUUAGUAUUUUAUUCAUCCUACAGCUCUUCAUCACUAGCUUGUGAAUCAGAAAGAAAGAAAAAAACUAUUCUUAACUUGUGAUUAUAAUAUUCAGAAUGAGGAUAUAAUUUUGCAAUUUGUCAUCGAGUAAUAUGAACUGCUUUGCUGGCAUCCCAUGUGUGGGAGACAGCUUCUUACAAAAGUUUAUCAUCAGUUAUUGAUGGUACGUAAUAUAAACAAAGAGUCCUAAUUUAAAUUCUUUAAAAUACGUCUUGUGGCAACAGUAGACAUUUGGAACUCAAAAGUAUGCUAUCCUUUUAUUUUGAGAAGUUAUAAAAUUAAACCUAAAAUCCUAGAAAUUAUAAAAUUCAUUAUGUAACUAGUUAUUAUGGUUUCCUGAUUUACUGUUUUCACUUCUGUCUCAAUGAAAUUGUGUAUUUUAGUGGGAAUUUCAAUGUCUUGUUAUUUUUAGUUAUAAUUUCCAAUCAUUGGCAACAUGACUAGAUCCAUACAAGUUCCUUCAGCUUUUGUCUCAUUUAAGAAAACUGAAACUGUUGGUAUUAUUACACUGUAUUAGUCUGCUAUUUUGGGUUACAUGUGACCUUCACUUCACCAUUACCAAGCCAAUUCUUGUUUCAGAAUUUUAGUCUAGUCAGUAUCGAUUACUGCUUCACAUCCAGAACAGUACACAAAAGUGGUCAAGGUUUGGCAUAGAGUUUUAUAGCUGGAGAUCAUCCACACAUUCAGCCAUAUCUACUCUUUUUGUAGGAAAGUAGCAAAGUUGACACUUGAUGGAGACUUAUGUCAAAGGAGUACUGAUAUAAAUUUAGCAAGAAUUACUAGAGUAAGGAUAACUGUUAUGGAACAGACAAUAAGGAAAAAUCCUGAUGCAAUUUGUAUCUCUUCACUCAGUGAUUUGUUUCUGUAUACUUUAGUUAGCCAUGUAACUAUAUUUAAAUUUAUAUUUAUUUUAAUUUUUGUGCAUAUACCAGUUUUUAAGACUGUUGUAUCAUAUCAACUCUACUAGAUUUGUGAAUGGGUAUUGGUAUGAAUUGUAUGCACAGUACAGAUGAUGUCAUCAAAUAUCUGUAUAUAGAUUUUGUUUUUCUAUUGGUCUUUUCUACAUGCUGUAUAAAACAUGCAAAUUUAUUAUAGGCGCAGUGAAAGGUUUUGUUCCUAGUUUCCAUGGCAAUGAACUUUAUAUAGCUGUAAUUUAGAUUCUGUAUCAUGGCUCAAUAUAUUAGAAAGGGAGUUUUAAAUUCCAGAGGUAUAUAAGAGAUUUCUGGCAGAUUGUAGAUGGAACACAGUUCAAUGAAAAAUGAUAUCAGGAGGAAGAAAGAUACAAAAUAUGUUUUUAUACUUUCAUGAAUUUUAAAUUACAGUUUUAAGUUUUGUGGUGAAAUACUGCCAGUAUAUUUGUAUUUCACUGUAAUUGUCCAUUAGAUUGAUUUAUUUUCCUUCUGUAUAUGAGGCAUUUUGUACAGGUAGAAAUGUGUUCCCUCUUAAAUGUGUACUUUUCUGUAUGAAUGUUUGUACAAUGAAUCUAAACAAAUAUAGUACAGUGUAGAUUGGAUUUUGAA